UUUUAAAAUGUUAAAUCAACCUGUUUUUUUGUUGCUAUUGGUUUGAUGCAGUAAUAGCAAUGACGUUAGUUAGAAAGGCUGUCGGCCCUAAGACAUGAUAAAUAUUGGUGGACUUUGUGUAGAGAAGGCUGGAGACUGGAGAAGAGCCCCCCACUCAUUCCAUUCAAAAAUCGAACUUAUUUUUACGUUCCAUAUUUUCCAAUAUUGAUUUUCUUUCUGGUUACUCACUGGGAAAGCCUGAGAUUGGGAGGAACGUGAAUCACCUUUUUUUUUUUUAUUCUUACGUCUUGUCAGUGUUUUGUGCACUGGGGUACACAUUCAUGUUGAUCUCUUCCCUUUUUCUCAGGACAAGAAAUUAUAAGUUGUGUAGAUUUCUAGAAUUAGUAGCAUAGAGUUAGAUUCUAGAUCUAGAAUCUAGGAUUAGGAAGGAAAAAAGGAGAAUACAAAUCUAGAUCUACAUCAUUUGAAGUUCUUACUCUUUCUUUGCCUUUCUUCUUCCGCAAGAUUCAGAAAAUUAAACAAACUUUCCAAACAAAAGCCAGCUGGUUUUGAUUUCUGAUCUCGUACUCUUACUUUGUGUGUGCAUCUGUCUGAAAAUAAUUGCUGCUGAUUAUAUUCCAAGUCCAAACUGUCAGCAUUCCUGCCCAGGUAACAACCUCUCAUCAUGACGACAAUGGCAAGAUGUAGCAGCCUCGCAGCAAAUAUUUUUGUCAUGUUGUGCCUUUUGUGCCGUGCUCAAGCUCAAGACACCGGCCGUGUAGCAGACGCUGAUACUGCAAUAAGAACGUGGAAAAGUCUUUUCAACCACCACAGGGAAUGGAUUGGCUUCUACCGCCACGACGGAGGCAACUAUUACUGCAACUUGUCUGUGAAGUCGGUGGGUCUCUCUGAGGAUGGUGUGUCGUACGUGACGUUCACAGCUCAAGACAUUACUCUGGACAUGAGUGUGGUCUCGGACGAUGGAGAGAACCUGACGUUCACGGAGAGCAGCGUCUGGACCAAAAAGGAGCACUUUGAGGGUCACUCCAACCUACAGUUCCAGGGGCAGAUCGAGCCCUACGGUCUGUACUACCGGUUUGAAGGCCUCGUCAGCUCCGACGAGAUCCAGAACUUUGGCACCGUCAGUUUGAGACCUAAGGGGGUGAGGAUGCGAGCGCCGAAGAAAGCGGACCACGACCUGAAGUACGGCCUAUCCAUUGGCGUGCCUGUGGUGUUGGCUGUCCUACUGGUCGUUGCUGGGGCCAUGAUUUUGUUGUGGGCGUUCAGGAAAGGGUAUUUGCGGCACAUUCCCAGGGCGUACAAGCACUUCACGAAUCCGACGCAGUCAAAGAGCAAGGACAACAGCCGCAAGACGGAAUCGAACAUCGAAAUGGGUUCUCCGGAGAGAAUCCCGCCGCAAAGCGAACCACCGUCGGUGCACAUCUGAUCUGGCUCACGUAGACUUGAUGCUUUUAAUCCUUCUGAAAUCAUUUGGAGCACCGGUAGAACUAGAGCUUAGUAGAACUUGGGCUAUUCUGCACCCCCUUCCCACUACCUCCCCAAGCGAUCGGCUAUUCUGCACCCCCUUCCCACCUCCACCUCCCCAAGCGA